AUGGUUGUGUUAGGACUCUUCCAGAUAAGCUGUGCUACAAUUUGUAUUGUCAGCGGAUUAAUGGAUGGGGCUUUCAGAAGGGAAUCAACACUGAGUAAAUCCAGGAUACCCCUCUGGGCUGGAGUGUUUAUGGGUAUCCCUGGAGUUAUGGCUAUAUUUUCUUCUCAGAGAAAGAAUCCAGUUCUGGUGAAUGUAAUGAUAGUUGCGUCUAUAUUUUCCUGUUUCACUACUCUACUUGUAAUUGUCUAUGCCUCUAUAACAUUAGAGUAUGGUGAAAAAUACAAGGGGUUCAAUGAUGUGUCCACUAAUCAUCCAGCAAAAGUAUUUCUCCUCAAUAAACUCGUAGAAGGAGCCAACAUCACAAUGCUAGUUGCCUCUAUUUUUAGUGUCUUUACUGUGCUGAUUAUUACUUAUGUGGGCUGCCGAAGUCUUCCAUGUUGUUCUUGCUAUGACAGCAUUACUGGACUUGAAUGGCUACAAGCUAAUGAAGACCAGCUACAAACAGCUGAAUUGAUUUGCAUUUCACCUGGUCAAGCAGAUAGAAUGUUUAACGCUCCAGUAAAAUUUCCAGAUCUAAAUAUGGAAGCAGAUGAUGAAAUGACCAAACCUCCUCCAUAUAGCAGACUGACUUAAACUGUAUUUCAGAAUUUAUGCUUUUAGAGACUCCUUAUAACUUCAGAAUGUUGUUGAGAAGUCUGUACAAUACUUUAAAAGAUAAUCAAAAACAGAUGUAUAAAUAAGCAAUGUAUCCUUAUCCUCCUCUCCUCCUCCUCCUCCCUUGAACUGGCAAAGGAGAUCUGUAUGCAAGAGUCUUCCACAUGAAGAUUCAUUUGCUUCUAUUGAGAACAGGUUAGGACAGAAAGAGGAUUCUGCCUGACAACUGAUUUCGC